AUGGACACUAAACUUGCAAUCGACAAGUUAGGACAAAAACCGAGAUAUAAUCCUGGAGGAACACCAGCACUGUCGAUGUUACGUAGCAAUUCAAGACCCUUAUCAUCCGCAGUUCGAAGCAAUCAACAUUCAUCACAACUCACCACAGUCACAAUGGCGAAAAGGCCCUAUGAUUGCCGGAGGUUGGCCCCAUGA